CAUUCAGAUAUUGUUUCUUCUUCUAACAGGAGGAGAUGGCAGAGCUCAAGGCACAACUUUAUCUACUGGAAAAAGAGAAGAAAGCUUUGGAAUUGAAGCUUAGCACUCGAGAGGCCCAGGAACAGGCUUACCUUGUCCAUAUUGAACACUUGAAGUCCGAAGUGGAAGAGCAAAAAGAACAAAGAAUGAGAUCUCUCAGCUCAACCAGCAGUGGAAGCAAAGAUAAACUGGGAAAGGAAUGCAGCGAUGGCACCGCAACACCGUUAACGCUAGCAGAGCUGAGACCAUACAAUGAAAGCGAACUGACAGCUGAACUUACAAAUGCACUCAGGCGGUAAGCAGCUUCCUUCACAA